CGUGAAGAUUAAAGCAUCGUUUGUGUGUAUUGUUCAGGUUCCGGGGGGGCAGGUCACGGCGCGGUCGGCGCCAUGGCCGAGUUCUGGCUGGUCGCAGCCCCCCUGGAUGAGAGCAGCCUGCAGGCCAUGGGGACGCUGAUCCGGGCGACGUCCUGCACCGGCCUGGUCUCCAGCUUCAGGUUUCCGAUCCCAGAGCUCAAGGUGGGCACGCUGGAUGUCCUGCUGGGCCUUUCGGAUGACCUGUCCCACUUGGACUCCCUGGCGGAGAGUGUUAUCUGCAGGAUGGCGCAGAGUCUGCUGGAGGUCACUGAGCAGAGCAGGGACAAAGUGCUGGAGAACGCCCUGGCCAACAGAGUGGACCCGGUGAGCUACGUCACCCACUUCCGGUGGGACAGGGCCAAGUACCCGACCAGCCUGCCUCUCAAGGGCCUGACGGAGCUCAUCUCCAAGCAAAUGUCGCAGGUGCAGACGGAGUUGAAGUCCCGCGGUGCAGCCUACGCCAACCUGAAGGCGAGCCUGCAGAAGGUUGAGUGCCGUGCCGAGCACAGCCUGCAGACUCGAACCCUGACGGACAUCGUGAAGAAGGAGGACCUCGUCUUAGACUCGGAGUAUCUCACCACCCUACUUGUUGUGGUGCCCAGGGAGCGCUUCCUGCAGUGGAAUGAGAGUUACGAGUCCUUGUCAGAGUUUGUGGUUCCUCGGUCCAGCAGGAAGGUGCUAGACGAAGCCGAGGGCGGGAUUUUUACCGUCACCCUGUUCAAGAAGGCUGUCGUGGAUUUCAAGGCCGCGGCCAAGCAGAACAGCUUCGCGGUACGAGACUUCGCCUUCGCGGACUUGGAGCGGCAGCAGCAGGAGUCCCUGCGGCUCGCUGCGGAGAUGAAGGAGCAGCAUGCGACCUUUGUGCUUUGGCUCAAGGUGAACUUCAGCGAGAUCUUCGCUGCCUCGAUCCAUGUGAAGGCAAUAAGGGUCUUUGUGGAGUCUGUGCUCAGGUACGGUCUGCCCGUGAACUUCCAGGCACUUCUGCUGCAGCCUGACAAGAAGAGCAGCAAGAAGCUGAGGGCCCUGUUGAACUCGCUGUUCGCGCACCUGGACCCGUCCGCUGCGGCCACCAAAGCUGACGCUCGAGUGGACAUCCCAGGCCUCAGCAUGGCCCCCCCUGACUACUACUCCUACAUCUGCUACAAGAUCGACAUCAGCAUGGUGGCCAGUUAGGGGACACAAGGUGCCUCCAGCCCUUGUCUGCCAUGGGCUCUAGAUGCACUCUGGCAGAGGGUCACCCCUCCCCCCUGUUACUGAGCUAUUCCAGGUAGUUAUUUUGCUUUAAACAAGGAACAAAACUACCACUGUUCUGUUUACAGCACAUGUGCAGCAAGUCCAUUUAUUAACUACUUAUGACUCAUUCUCCCAACAUUAGCUACAGGGGAAGGUUUUAUAUACAAAAAUACAAUUAUUUUUACAAGUGGGUCAUUUUACUGUAUCAACAAUUCACAGUUAAGUACCUGGCCCAAUAUAAGCUGUACUUUCAGCUAUUGUGAACCUUUUGUUUACCUGUUUGCUUCAAGAAUAAAUAUAAAGAUCAAAGGUACAACAGCAGGAGAGUGGAUUCAAAGGAAGGACCUUCACGCUGUAAAGCAGGGGCUGUGACCACUGUAGCACCUGCUGACCUACUACUACUUUGAGCUGUUCAGAAACACAGAGGGGUAAGAGGGGCUUAUGACACCACACACACCCCUAUUCCCACCAAGAGAAAAAAAAAAAAACCCAAAC